AUGCCUCUGGCCUCAGCACAGCUGGGAUCACUUCGCCUAGCAGCGGGCAGUAUCACCAAGCAGCGUCUUUCCCUCAGCUCUCGAACGACCCUCCCCGCGACAUGUUCGCAGCUACGGGCCUUUUCCAAACUCUACCCUCGAACUAGACGAACCCCCUUGGCAGCCAAUUCAAUCGAGCAACCCCAGUUGCAAACACACCCUCGACUUAGUCUCGUCUUCUCUCGCGCCUUGUCUGGAAAGCCACUGCCCCAGCGCAAGUCAUGGCUGCUUAAUUUCCUCUACCGAGCGGCGGCGUGGGUUGGCAUUUCUAUUACCGUCGUGGGAGGCGGCGUCUUUGCCUUCUUCCUCUACGAUGCCAGCACGUACAAAGAACACGGCACGCAGAGCGACAUUGACGUCUCGCAGCUUGCGCUACAGCCACGCCGCGGCGGCCCCAAGAAUCUACCCAUCGCAGAGGUCUACAUCGAUGACGAUGAGACCAAGGCCAAGACCAAGCCCAGACUUGUUAUCCUGGGCGGCGGAUGGGGUGGCGUGGCGCUUCUCAAGGACUUGAACCCGGACGACUACAACGUCACAGUCAUCUCUCCCGCCAACUACUUCCUCUUCACCCCUAUGCUACCGUCUGCUACCGUGGGCACUUUGGAGCUGCGCUCUCUGGUUGAGCCCAUUCGGCGGAUACUGAGCCGCGUCAGCGGCCACUUUAUACGUGCCAAGGCAGAGGACGUCGAAUUCUCCCAUAAGCUGGUCGAGGUAUCUCAGCUUGAUCACAAGGGGAAGGAGGUCCGCUUCUACGUUCCCUACGAUAAGCUAGUCAUUGCCGUCGGUUCCGCAACGAAUCCCCAUGGUGUCAAGGGGCUGGAGAAUGCCUUUUUCCUCAAGGAUAUCAACGAUGCGCGGAUGAUUCGAAACAAGGUCAUCCAGAAUCUCGAACUUGCCUGCCUGCCUACUACAUCGGACGAUGACCGCAAGCGGUUGCUUUCUUUCGUGGUUAGCGGCGGUGGGCCGACGGGCGUCGAGUUUGCCGCUGAGCUCUAUGAUCUUCUAAAUGAGGACUUGACUCGACACUUCCCUCGUCUGCUGCGAAAUGAGAUAUCUGUCCAUAUAAUCCAGAGCCGUGGUCAUAUCCUGAACACGUACGACGAGACAGUUUCAAAAUAUGCAGAAGAGCGAUUUGCUCGUGACCAGGUUGAAGUUCUUACGAAUUCACGAGUCAAGGAGGUUCAGCCUGAUAAGAUCAUCUUUAGCCAGAAGCAGGAGGACGGGUCUGUAAUCACCAAGGAGCUCCCAAUAGGCUUUUGCCUGUGGUCUACCGGCGUCUCUCCGACUGCUCUAUCCCAGAAGCUGGCCAAGAAGCUGGGCGACAGCCAGACAAACCGACAUGCUCUGGAAACGGACACCCACCUCCGCCUCAACGGUGCUCCUCUCGGCGACGUCUAUGCCAUUGGCGACUGUUCCACCGUCCAGAACAACGUUGCCGACAGCAUCGUAAGCUUUCUCCGUAAGCUCGCGUGGUCGCGUGGGAUUGAGCCGGAGACGCUUCAGCUGCACUUCUCCGACUGGCGAACUGUUGCACAGGACGUGAAGAAGCGCUUUCCGCAGGCGGUUAACCAUCUCAAGCGUCUUGAUAAGCUCUUUUUCGAAUUCGACAAGGAUCAGUCGGGAACUCUCGACUUUGGCGAGCUUCGGGAGCUCUUGAACCAGAUUGAUAGCAAGCUGACGUCGCUACCGGCCACGGCUCAGCGUGCCCAUCAGCAGGGAUUGUAUCUCGCCCACAAAUUCAACAAGAUGGCUAAAAUCUCAGACGCAAUGCUGGCAAACGACAUUCGAGAUGGCGAUCUAGACGCCGCCGUCUAUAAGGCAUUCGAAUACCGCCACUUGGGCAGCCUGGCAUAUAUCGGUAACUCGGCCGUCUUUGACCUAGGAGACGGCUGGAGCAUGGCCGGUGGGCUGUGGGCCGUGUAUGCCUGGAGGUCGGUCUACUUUGCGCAGAGCGUGAGCUUCCGGACAAGGAGCUUGAUGGCUAUGGACUGGAUGAAGCGAGGAUUAUUCGGUAGAGAUCUUGUGGCUUUUUGA